UUUAAGGAAUAGACAGAAUUUCUCGAAUUCAAAGAUCGGAAAUGGUGUGCGACGCAUGUGUGAAAAAACUUGGCAAGAUAGCUACCAUUGAUCCAUAUCGAACGAAAUCACGUAACGAAUGCGCUGGGCCGAUAAAAAAAGGUAGUGACGAAAAUAAGCUCCUUUCAACUAGGAAAGACAGGUUCCAGCCGUAUAAUCAGGAAUUUAGAAAAUGUCGAAUUUGCAAGACAGUUGUUCAUCAGAUUGGUUCACACUAUUGCCAGCAGUGUGCAUAUCAAAAAGCCAUCUGUGCAAUGUGUGGUAAAAAAAUGGCCGAUACCAAGAAAUUGAAAAUGUCUGCCGUGUAAAUAUUAUUUUAGCAUACUAUUGAGUAAGUUCAUAAAAGUUAUUAUAAACUUUCCCACUGAUGAUUGAUUGUCCCAUGGGAUUCAUGGCUGAUUAAAGUUGUUUUUUUAGGCUUUUUUAGGUUUUAAUUAGAAACAGGAAGCACCAAAUUAGUGUCCAGUGCAAGCAGAGAAUGUAGCCCGUUGCCAGUUUUAUUGCCAUUUGUUUGCUCGUAAUACACUUACAGGUCCC